ACGAAAGCUAAAGAAAAACUAAUUUUUCAAAAAAAAAAACAUCUAUUUGUCUAUGAUUGUUGCUUUUCAUUUUUAGUAAUUUCGAUGUCGAAACAAGUGUGAAUUAGUGAAAGUCAUUUGAUGAAUUAACAUAUAAUUAUUCAAAAAUGAAUAAAUUAAAAUCAUCACAGAGAGAUAAAGUGAAGAAGUUCGUUGCCUUCACGCAGACAACGGAGACCACUGCGAUAUACUGCUUGGCUCAGAAUGAUUGGAAAUUAGACUUGGCGAGCGACAACUAUUUUCAGAACCCUGAAGCGUAUUACAAGGACUCCGUGAAAACUUCAGUAGAUAGGAAAAAACUAGAACAACUAUUCAACAAAUACAGAGAUCAACAGGAGAACGAUAAAAUCACCGUCGACGGUGUUAUGAAGUUUUUAGAAGACCUAAAUUUAAGUCCAGAAUCUAUAUUAGUACUUAUCAUAGCGUGGAAGUGCAAAGCGGCAGUGCAGUGUGAAUUCACUAAAGAAGAGUUCAUGACGGGCUUGUUCGAACUCGGUGCUGACAGUAUAGAUAAAUUAAAAACUAAACUACCAAUGUUAGAAAUGGAAAUAAAAGAUCCCAAUAAGUUUAAGGAUUUCUAUCACUUCACUUUCAAUUACGCUAAGAACCCCGGCCAGAAGGGUCUGGAUUUAGAUAUGGCUAUAGCUUAUUGGAAUAUUGUAUUACGUGGAAGAUUUAAAUUUUUAGAUGCCUGGUGUAAAUUUCUAGUGGACAAUCAUAAAAGGUCAAUACCAAAAGACACUUGGAACUUACUGCUAGAUUUUGCUACCCAAAUUGAUGAUGGAAUGAGCAACUAUGACGCAGAGGGAGCCUGGCCUGUACUCAUUGAUGACUUCGUAGAGUGGUGUCAGAAACAAGAACUCACAGCGGAUAGUCUAAAGUCUUUAGAGCCUGCAUCUGGCUAGCCGACAAUUGACAGCUGCCAACAGUAUGGAGCGAGAAAUGUACACAUUUUGUCUGCAGAGACAAACAUCCAUGAACACAACAUCUUCAAGAAGCUGGGCUUGUUCAUGGUACAUCUGCUGUCUCGCUUCCUUCUGUACAGUCUGGAGCUGUGUGCAGUUGAGUGGAUCGCAAUCAUUAUAGUUUUUGAUCUGUGUAGCUGACUAAAUUGAGAAGGGACAUGGACAUCAUCUUAAAAAUAGAAGUCUUUAGUCUAUGAACUAAAUAGUGACUUGUUAGAUCUGUUUACUGCAGUUGUUCUUAGUGACGUUUAUAACAGGAGUGAAACAUCAUAGUGCAAACUGUACAUAAAAAAAGUAUAACACCAUAGACCUUUUGGUGUACUGUGUGGGGUAAGACUUGAUACUUGGUCUUGGAAGUUUUUCACUAACCAAAAGUAAGUACUCGAACUGUACAAAGCUCUGAGCUCUCGUCCGUUAGAAUUAAAUAUGAAUCCUAGAAAUCCUGUUUCCUAAUGAACUGUUUCAAUUUAAAAUUAUUUUGCUUUUAAAUUAUACAAAGAAUCGAAAAAAUCAAUUUAGAUGUUUCAAUCAGAUUUAAUAUUUGCGUUAUAGCAUACUAAUCUGUGAAGAUAGUAAAAUUAAGAUGUAAAUAUGUAUAUAAAAAUUAUGAUAUUAUUUUCUUUUAAUAAUUAUUAAAACUUAGAACCUUAUUUUAUUUUAUUUUGUGUCUGUCUUGCAACAUAAUUGUCAAUCUUGUUAAUUGUAUAAAUAUGCCAUUCACCUAUUUUUUAAAUGCUUUAUAUAUUUAUUUGUAUUUUCAAAUAUUUUUCAUGUCAGUGACAUUUUAAAAUUGAUAAGUUAAAAACUUUGUGGCUUGUUUCAAGUUAUGUAUAAAAUUGCAGCAACAAUAUAAUACAUUGUCAGUUACAUUUGUUGUUUAUCUACUAAUUGGAUAUAUUUUCCAUUUUUAAAAACUAGUGCCUAAAGUUCUUAUUACAAUUUCAUAGGUAACAUAAUGUAGUAUUUUAAGAAAUAUUGAAACAGCACAUACAAUUAAUAUUAUAUCAUUAACUUGGAAAAAAAAUUGGAUUGAUUAUAAUUAUUAGAAGAGUUUGUUAAUAUUAUGCAUAAAUAAAAUGUUGAAUUUCA